AUGCUCACCGGAUCUUCGCAACGUGUCUAUCCCUACGAGAGAACUGCCGAGUUCGCUAAAGAGAUCAAACGACUCGCUAGCCCAUCAGAAAGCCCACGAUUCUCUCGCGAACGCGUACAUGCUGCUGCUGGUAUUGAGAUCCGCGAGGGCGUUUACAGUACUCCAGCGGCGUUACAUUCGGAAGUUGCUCUUCAGCGAGACGCACUUGUUGAACCACUGAACGUUAACAAAAUCAACGAGGAAAAGGUCACGUCGAACGACUACGACGCCAACCUCGACGACUACGACGGUCCCCUCAACGACUACGAAACCACCCUCAACAACUACGACGCCACCUUCGACAACUACGCAGCCUUCGUCAACCACGCAGCCCUCGACGAAAUUCAGCAAGCGGACUCGUCGACCUACCAGCCUGGUUCCUUUGACGGAAGCAACUACAAGGACAACCAGCAUUCGCACUACAACCACCACUGCAUCCACGUACGUGGUUUAUACAUUCGUCCAUAUUAA